AUGUCCUUGAAAAGGUCGCUCGUAUCAAGGAUUUCCAAGAUGUAAGCAAACUAGCGAAGGCCGAUCAAUAUUUAAGUGCCAUCAUGACGAUCCCAAGACUCCCGCAGCGGUUGGAGUGCAUGAUAUAUCGCCGAAAACUGGAACUCGAGAUCGAGGAAAUUCGUCCGGAUCUAAAAACCGUUCAUGAUGCGUGUAAAGAAUUACGAGCAUCUGCGCGUUUCAAGUUGACAUUACGGGCUAUACUCACAGUUGGUAACGCAUUGAAUGGAUCCAGCUUUCGUGGAGGUGCCUGUGGGUUUCGCUUGGAGGCGCUCAUGAAGAUGAAAGAAACGAGGACUGCGAAGGCCAGUUCAGAAUGUCCCACCCUCCUGCAUUAUGUUGCCCGAGUCCUCGUUCGCACCGAUCCGUCGCUUACACUUUUUAUCGAUGAGAUGCCUAGUGUGGAAUCAGCUGCUCGCAUCUCGUUCCCCACGUUGCAACAGACCGUCCAGUCUUUACUUACGUCACUGGACAAGGUCAAAGAAGAAAUAAGUCUGCUAAAGCAGAUUCGCACACCCUCGGAUAACGACCAAUUCGUGACAAUCAUGCAGCCGUUUACCCUUGAAGUGGCGCAACGCGUGGACGCGCUCAAUAAGAUGGCUGCCCUCGUCGAAGUAGACUUACGAGCUCUCUUCUCUUACUAUGGCGAAGACCUGGAUUCACCAGAGGGACCAAAGCCAGAUGAUUUCUUUGGGAUGAUCUGCUCAUUUUCAUCAUCAUUACAGAAAGCCGGUUUGGAAAUCCACGAUGCACAAAAGAAGGCCCCUCGCUUGACUCAGGGGAAGAUGUCAUCUUCGCUGCCAAGUAAUUCUGAAGAGACUGUCAAGACACAGCAUGAUCCCUCGCACGACUUACUCAUGCCCUCUGCCGGCACGCACGAACCUUCAUCUAUCAGUCGCGGUAAUCUGGACGAAGCCAUACGUAGUUUGAGAGAAGGUCGUAAAAGAAGUCGUGCCCGUUCCAUCGCCAAAGCGAGCAAGAUUUUUCUUGAUGGGCGACCCGACAUCUCGUGAUAGCAACCUUGGCGGUUGGAGAACUCUAAUUUAAAUUACGCAACAACUGGGCUGGGAUCAAUGAUAUUUUCAUUGAAUGAUAAGUAGGUCAGAACUUCCCUCCAAUCUUCGCCACGCUAGGACCUGCUGAAAUACACGAGGUCACAGAAUACAAAAAGGACUUAUCUUUCUGAAUGGAGAUCCGAAUGUAUGGUUCCUGACUGCUAAGCUGGUGACAGGAAUACGCUCCUUCUUGGUGAUAUUAUAAACAGAGGGGCUUGAUUCAUUAUUCAGAACUGACAAUCUGGACUCUGGAACGCCGCGAGCGUGAUAGUAAAUAGACGAGCCUCGUGGUCAGUGACAGCCCGUGAAAAACAGACUAUAAUUAGGGGGAAAUAAUUCCUACCUGCACAAGGACACUUCCGUGACAGU